GGCUGUAGCAUAGUGUAGUACAGUAGAAGACAGAUGAUCCUUUCCUGGGUUCAAGCCAGUUUGUCCGAAUCAGUAUUUUUCCCGUGUUCUAUUCAUUAGUGACUUGAGGGAUAUUUAUUCACUUUAUAUGUUCUGUUCCAGUGAUCCACCAUUUUUCAACAAAGGAGCGGCGCGUGCGAGCGAUAAAGGAGAUGGCUCGCACCUUGAGAGUAGGUGGCCAGAUGAUGAUAUAUGUGUGGGCAAUGGAGCAAAAACGGCGAAAAUUUGAAAAGCAAGAUGUCUUUGUUCCUUGGAAUCCUUCACCACCUUCCUGGACCUUGAGUAACACUUGUUCGCAUGGAACACAGAAAUCAAUUAAUCAAAAGGACAAAAGGCUGGCUUUGGACCAACACUCCGCUAAGUUAGCUGGCAUUUUAAAAGCACACAGGCAAACAAGAAGCUCAUCCUUUGUGGGGAAGAAGGAAACCGCACACAGCUUAUUUGAAAAAUCUCUGAGAUGGUCUCUCUUUUCAAGAUCGCUUGAUUCAGUAUUAGACUUGAGUAAUCAGUGGCGCCAAAGAGAGCUUAGCACAUUUUCCAAUUGCAAUAUUCAGCUGGAUGAAUUAAACAGGGGAAAGCUUUUUGAACAAAUCAGGCAAAGUGGCUUCAUGAAGCAUAUUUCCAACUUGUCUUUGCGUUGCAGGCAGAAUUCUGAAGAUAAUGCUUCUGAAGUAGCUGUAGAACCAGGGUCACCUAUGAUAUGUCACUCAGUGCCUUUCAAAAAUAGUUAUUCAGAAUUAGGCCAGGACACUAAGCAGCCCUCAAUAUCUCCAGCUAUAAUUCAUGACUGCAGCAGAGUGUGUUUACCUGACCUGGUUUCCCAUCAAAAAGAUGUCAAACAGCAACUUAAAAUAGAUUAUCACCCAAAACAAUCAGCUUUCCACCAACUCCAAAACAGAAGCAAAACAGACAGCUCUCUACAGGAUACAGAUAAUGAUUGUUCCAUGGCCAUGUGGAACAAACAGCCGCAAAGGAGUCCUAAUGGGGCUUGUCUUAGUUCUACAAUGCAUCCUUACUUUGUAUCAGCUGAACUAUGGGAUUUCACUACAAACCAAAACCUAAGAAAGAAAAAGGAUCUGACUCUUGCUGCCUCCUAUAAAGCAUUUUCUCCCCCCUUUUUUGACUGGGCUGUUAAUUUCCUUUCCUUCAUUCUUACCCACUUUUGGAAACUGAACAUUUUCCAGGUCCGUUGCUGUACUUGCAACUGGCCAACUCUUUAUAUGAAUCUUUGCAUUCACAAAGAUGUGCAGCAGUGAGCGUGGAGGCCAGGAAUGCCU